ACGUGGCAACGAGAUUUAAAUGUGCUGUAGCAUUGACAUCAAAGAAUAGUUUAGAAGUUUGGAAUGCCAUCGAAAAAAUAUACAAUAAUCUCAAAAAUCCAUUUACAUGGCCAGCCUUAUUAAUGCUAGAUGGUGCUGGGGAGUUUAGAGGAUCAUUUGCACGAGGAAUGAAGCGUUAUAAUGUUCCUAUAAGAGUUGUAGAUCUUUAUAGCUUUGAGAGUUUAGCAUUAGUUAAAAAAUUCAAACAAGAUUUAGCAAAACUUAUAUAUAAAAUUCAAUAUGCUAUAGAGGGAAAACUCAAAGAGGUAUCCACCAAACCUAAGAGACCUAUCGGAAAAGAUGAACUGCGAUUACAGAAAGGUACAACUGUAAGGUAUUUAUUAAAACUAGGUGAAUUAGAAGGAGGACACAUGCAUAGAAAAACCGAUCCAUACUUCUUGUUGCGUAUUUAUAAAAUUGCAAAAGUUAUUGUUGGUAAGAAUCCACCACAACCU